AUGUGUACCAGCCUUAUUAUACAGACAAGAGAUCAGUUUGGAAUUCUCUUUCUGCACAGUGAACCAGGACUUGCUGAGAUGAGUCACCUGGACAACAAAGAGAAAACAGCAAAAAGGUUUGCGUCCUCUGCCUCCUCUCUCUGGUGCUCAAGGGACAAUGCAAUGCAGAAUGCAAGACAAUUAAAAACAUCAUGAAACGUGGAAAGCAGUCUGACUGGCUUCCUUGGCUCCUGAGAUACUGUCACAAGCAGACACUUGAAGUAGCUGUCUUAAGCUUGGGAAGGAUUUUGCCUGUAAAUUUAGGCACUGACCUUGAGUUCACUCCGUAUAUUAGAAUUCUGGGUCGCACAGCAAAGCUAACUUGCCACACUGAUCCAGGGUGCAUAAAAGAAAACAUGCGAGGUUUACUGAAUUAAACAGGACUCACAUGGUUGGGACUGCACUGUUAGAUGACUUUAAACGUGGUUGGACAAACUGAUGGAGAAUUGGUCUAGUUGUGUCAUCACCAUCAUUUUUAAUUUGUAUAUCAUCUUUCUAUCUUACAAUACUCAAGGCAGUUUACAAGCUGAAGAAACAAAAAAUGCACAUCUUAUAACAAUCUAAUGCAAUACAAAAAUGUGAUAAUAAAACAAAACUUUAAAAUAAGCAACCUACAUCAAAAAAGUAACAUUCAACAAUCAUUAGGAUAGUAUAAAAUAAUAAUAAUAUCAGCAUUAAAAAGUUAAACAGAAAUCCACUCAGCAGUUACAAUAAAUAAUUUCUAAACUAUAAUCAAUAAAACAAUGGCAAGCCACAGUAAUAAUAAUAAUAAUAAUAAUAAUAAUAAUAAUAAUUUUUUAUACCCUGCCCUCCCCAGCCAAGACCGGGCUCAGGGUGGCAAAUACCAGAUAUAAAACAAUUGAUUGAAAUACAGCAGAAACUCAAAAACUUUUUUGGGGAUGAAAACAUCAAGUCUUCACCAAGGCUAGCUAUCCAGACUGGUCCUAUGUGGGUCAGAAAAAAGCCAGGGAAGUCCUCAAAUAGGAGUUCCAUCACAGAAGGAAAAAGGAAAAAGAAAGAGGGGGAGGGGAUCAAGUUAAUUCCAAGCCAAAGGCCAGGCAGAACAACUCUGUCUUACAGGCCCUGCGGAAAGAAAUCAGACCCUGCAGGUCCCUGGUCUCAUGAGACAGAGCGUUCCAGCGUGGUGUAGUGGUUAAGAGCGGCAGUCUCGUAAUCUGGGGAACUGGGUUCGCGUCUCCGCUCCUCCACAUGCAGCUGCUGGGUGACCUUGGGUCAGUCACACUUAUCUGAAGUCUCUCAGCCCCACUCACCUCACAGAGUGUUUGUUGUGGGGGAGGAAGGGAAAGGAGAAUGUUAGCUGCUUUGAGACUCCUUCGGGUAGUGAUAGAGCGGGAUAUCAAAUCCAAACUCCUCUUCUUCUUCUUUUCCACCAGGUCGGGGCCAGUGUUGAAAAGGCCCUGGCUUUGGUUGAGGCUAAUCUGACUUCCUUCCAUUCAAAACUCAUUUUUACAAAUGAGAACAAAUCUGAGGCAUAAUUGUCUUAAGGGCCGAGGGUAAUGAAAGCAGUUUGAUUGGUUAAGGUAUCUGUCUCAAGUAUGUUUUAGAAUAGAAUAGAAUUUAUUAUUUAUACCCCGCCCAUCUGGCUGGGUUUCCCCAGCCACUCUGGGCGGCUUCCAACAGAGUAUUAAAAUACAGUGGUCUGUUAAGCAUUAAAAGCUUCCCUAAAGAGGGCUGCCUUCAGAUGUCUUCUAAAAGUCUGGUUUAAGUCUGGUUCUAAAAGUCUGGUUGUUUUAGACAAGGAAAAUAUAUAGCCACAAAUAUUUCUUACAGAUGUUCUACCUUGUGGCUUAUUUGGAGUUGAUGCCUUGGGCUCCAUUGGGAGAAAGGGUGAGAUAUAAUUUUAAUACAUAAAAUAAUAAAUAAUGUGGUGCCCUUCAGAUGUUGCUGGACUCUGAUUGCGUCGGGCCUCAGCCGGCAUAGCCAAUGGCUCAAGGAUGCUCACAGCUGUCACUCAAGAGCAGCUAGAGGCUGCCAUGCUGACUACAUCCGAUGUGCAGAGACAGUAUAGAUCUGUGGACACAUGAAAGGCAGCCAGCCUCCUCAUGCCCUGUUUGUAAUUGCCUGGGUCCCUCUGCACGACUGCAUUUGGAGAUGGCGUGCCAGACGAGACAAGGCUUUGAUCUCUUCCAGCAGGACUGUUUCAUAUGAUAAAGUAGCUCAGCAAGAGAUGCUCUCAUUAAGCAAUGGGUGGGAGGGAAGGAGACACGCAGCCCGGAGAGGUGUCAUCCUUAUGGCUUUUUGUGCGGCGGAGAUUUUGCAUUCCAUAACAUCCUGUCGCCUCUUCUUUACUAGAUAAGAUCCCAAUUCCUGGACAUCUUGGGAGGAGCAUAAUUAGCUCAAAAGAAAUCUGCAACUAAUUCUGAAUUUAGAGUUUGAAAGUGGCGCAUGGACCAUGCCUCUGACAGCUGCAGCGCAUGACUGCAGCUGCCUGCAUGAAAAGUUGGCCCUAGGGCAAAGGAAUGUAAAUAGUGCCCCUUAAAUCUCGAGUUCUUCUUGCAAUGCUCUUACGAUAUUUUUUGAAGGCUAAUGACAUCAGAACCUGAACUGCUAAUUGAAAGAAAAUUGGGAGCUUCCAAAAAGAGGCCAAACUAAUUUGCUGUCAUAACAAAAUUGGUUGGCCUUAUGUUCAUAAGAGAAAGCAGUACUUUUCGAAAAAAGUGUGCAGGAGAGAUCAGAAAGAGAAAAGCUCCCAGCCCCCAUAACACUAUAAUUUAGAUGAAGAGAGACCCUAGGCUACUCCACCUGUGAGGCCCCCCCCCAUCCCCCACCCUCACGACUAGAAGAAAAUGAAAAUGUUAUAAAAAAAAAUUAUUGAAGCCAAGGAUGAUGACGGGUAUUUAAAAUUCUGCAAUUCACAAUUUCUCCUCUAAAGGACAUCAGAAAACUUCAUAAAAACUGGUUUGUCUAAGUUUGUCAUUUUCGAUGUGCAGAAUGCUCAGUGUGUACAACCUCUCUUGAGACAUCGUGGCCCGUAAUUCAUUUUUAAUUCUUUUGAGUCUUGAAAAACUCUCUCCCGAGCAGUUAGUGACCAUAAAGCUAAGAAAUAGCCGCAAGAUUGCUUCCACAUUAGGAAAGGCCACCUGAUAUUUUUCCUUGUAUAUAAAAUUGAUAAAGGUCUGUAUGAGACAGAGAGUGCUCUGCUGUAAGCCUAUGGCUUUGUCUCACGUACAGGUGAAAGUGCAAAGUUAAAUAAGUUUCAGGUCCAUAUCUUCUGGGUAUGCUUCCAUCAACAGUUCAACACCUUGCUGAAUUUCUUGUUUAGAUGCUUUAAGAAUAGCAAGAAUGGAAAGCAAUUGUGCAGCAUCCCUGUACACAGUACUUCUUUUUAAAUUGGCUUCAAGUGCAUCUAAUAUAGAAAUAUAGGAAUAAAGGAUUUUAUCCUAAACUUAUCUUUUAAAGAAAGUGCAUCUAAGGCCCUAGGCUUCAGCCUACUUGUUGUUGUUGUUUAGUCGUGUCCGACUCUUCGUGACCCCCUGGACCAGAGCACGCCAGGCACUCCUGUCUUCCACUGCCUCCCGCAGUUUAGUCAGACUCAUGUUAGUAGCUUCGAGAACACUGUCCAACCAUCUCGUCCUCUGUUGUCCCCUUCUCCUUGUGCGCUCCAUCUUUCCCAACAUCAGGGUCUUUUCCAGGGAGUCUUCUCUUCUCAUGAGGUGGCAAAAGUCUUGGAGCCUCAGCUUCAAAGUAUUGGAGCCUCAGCCUACUUAGCCUAUACAUAAAUCUGGCACUGGGGACAUCCAUUGAAGCUGGGUGCUGGAAGAUUCAGAACAAAUAAACAAAAAUACUUAUUUGCAUAGUGCAAAGGUAAACUAUUGUUAACGGAGAAAUCUGAGGACUCCCUUGGACAAAAAACAAGGACACCAGCCAGGAAUACCAGAGCAAAACAGCAGCCAGUAGGCUUGGUCUUUAUUGAAGUCUGUUGCGACAGGACUCCCACCUGCCACAAGGUGGAAUAAGAUGGAAGCCCCGAACAAAAGAGAACCCAAACCUUUAUUAGCUGCUAAUCCCCAUGUUACACCCCCAAACUACAUCUCUAAUACAUCAUGGUUACAUCAUGAAAGGGGAGGUCUGGUGGCAGUAAUCUGAGCAUCCUGAACCCUGCCCCAUGGUUCUCCUUGCCCUCCACCAAACACCCAUCAAGCGUAACAAAAAAAGAUAUUUACAUUUCCCUGUUUCCUUGUUCCUUCUGGAAUAGCUACCUGUCUGGCACUCAGGUAUCAGGAUGCCAGGGAUUAUCACUCAGGCAGAGGGGCUGCUGAGUAGCUGAGCUCACAUGUCUAUAUGAAGUUCUUAAGUUUUCCAGUGAGCCAGUACAUAGAUACAUUUAUCAGUGAAUUCUUACAUUUGGUAUCGUGCAGCAAAGGCCCUUUGAAUAGAUAGGAAGAAACUGUGAUGAAGUGUUUUGUGGGGACAAACCACAAAAGUCACAAAAGUGUUUGUGCUGAUUUUGGUAGUGGGCUACAUGUGCAUGAUAUCUGCUGGAGGGGCAACCCCCCCAACCUAUACAUAAAUUCCUGCAACGCUAUGGAAGUCACUCCCACCAGAGGCAGUGUAGCCACCAGCUUGGAUUGCUUUACAAGAGAAUUACUGUAUUUUCUGGCAUAUAAGACUAUUUUUUAACCCAGGAAAAUCUUCUCAAAAGUCAGGGGUCGUCUUAUAUGCCGGCUGCAGCAGCAGCUCCUGCAGCAACUCCCCACCAAAGGAUAAAACGACAGCAAAUUAAAUCAGAGGACACCAAGCUCUCUAGAUGAAGCAGAAAUACGCUUGAAAAUUGGCCCCAGAAGCCCCUGGCCACUGGGAAGUGGAGCAGAUUUCCGAGCCGGACUGGAGACUAGUUUUUUAAAAAUUUUAUUUGGUGUGCGUUAUACGGCCUGAGUGAUAAUCCCUGGCAUCCUGAUACCUGAGUGCCAGACAGGUAGCUAUUCCAGAAAGAACAAACCCAGUCUUAUACGGCUUAUAUAUCCCAAACUCUAUAUUUUAACUGGAAAAGCUGGGGGAGUCAUCUUAUACGCUGGAAAAUAUGGUAGAUAAAUUCGUAGAGGAGAGGCAACGCUUCUGAAUACCAGUUGUGGCAGCCACAGCAGGAAAGAGGCCUCUUGCACUUGGGUCUUCCUUGUGGGUUUUCCACAGGCACCCGGUUGGCCACUGUGAGAACAGGAAACUCACAGCACAAUCGUAAGCACUCAGAAGUCCUAUUGAGCUCAAAAGGGGAUUUCUAAGUAUGCUUAGAAGUGCCACUGAUUUUCAUGCAAUGACGAUAUGAUAUGAUAUGAUACUGUUAUGUACUGAACAAUAGGAUCCAAAAUGCAGCAGUCUGAUUGGUCCUAGAACAAUGCAGCAGUAUGAUUGGUCCACAGGGCCACCCAAUCCAGCUCCAGAUGGAAGUGAAUCCACAACCUGAUUGGCCUACAGGAGAAUCCCGGAAUUAGCCAAUCACAUGCAACACUUUGUGUAAAUAAUGUAUAUAAAGCAGAUACUUUGGGGGAAUUUUCAUUCCUCCUCACCACUAUGAGCUGAAUAAAGAGCAUGAAAUCCACUCUUGACUCCGAGUAUAUUUCAGAUAUGAUAAUCUUUAUUGUCAUUGUCCCAUAUAGAACAACGAAAUUGAAAAAAAUAUAUACACCAGACAUUCAAAAACCAACAAGCCUGCUAUCCCAGCCAUCCUUGCCUGGUUAGGCCCCUAAAAACUCUGAUGCCCCAUAAUUAAAUACAGUAUACCCCCAUAGAGACUACCUUACACUGCGUUUAAAACUAAAAUCGUAUUUGGAUAGAAACUGUUUCUCAGGCGGCUAGUCCUAGUCUUUAUAACCCUGUACCUUCUUCAAGAAGGCAGAAGCUGAAAGAGAGCAUUUCUGAGGUGUGCACUAUCCUGCGCUAUCUCUGCAGCUUUUUUAUGGCACCUGGAAGCAUAGAUUUGAUCCAAGGUGAGAAGAGUGCACCCAAUUAUCCUCUCUGCAGUCUUUACAACCCUCGACAGCAUUGUUUUCUCAGUGGCAUUGUGUUGUACAGUGCACCAUGCAGCCUACCUUACAAGGCUGUUGUCAAGAUUACAAAUAUAUUUGUAAUGGUUGGACCACUAAUCCUAAUAAAAAAGAAUGAGAAAGGCAAAUGCUAAACACUGCUACUAUUUUGAUUAGCCUAGUCUAACAAUGGCACCUCUCCGGAUCCAUGCUGGAAGGGCAAUUGACUAGAAUCAUAGAAUUGUUGAUAUGGAAGGGAGUCAUUUAAUCAACAACGCCCCCCUGCAAAGCAAGAAUCUUAACAGUGGUCUCCCAUCCAAUUUGAAACCACAUUGGACCCUGCUUAGCUUUGACAAAUGUGCUAGCUGUUCUUGUUUAUUGCAGCAGGUUUGUCCCUUUACUGCUUUUGACUAUAAUGUAUCUGUUUAAUUAUUUGGUGGUGCUCACUGAGUGCGUCCCAGUGGCCACGAGGCAGAUGAAUCCACGCAUUCCAGAGGUCAUGCAGUUGCAAUAUUUUUACUUGAAGCAGAGUGCACAGUCCAUAUUUACUUUUCAUUUCCAGGCAGUGUUGAACCAUCACAUCUCGUUAUUCCAAAUUUUAAUUUAAUAAUUUAUUAUUAUGUAGCUAAAUACCUCUCUCUCUCCACUCCCCAUCUCUGUGCCAUUUCUUGCAGUUGCUUUGUCUGGAAGUUGGUGUAGAGAUAAGACCUCAUUCUAACUGCAAUUAAGACUUAAUGCACUCAACUAGAGGAAGGGGGGAACUGACGUCAUUUCACAAACAUAAGCAUGUCAGCCAACUUUUCUUUCAGCCUUCCCUGGUGGUCUAGUGGUUAGGAUUCGGCGCUCUCACCGCCGCGGCCCGGGUUCGAUUCCCGGUCAGGGAAUGACGUUUUUUAAAUAAAAAAAAUAAUUCUUAAAUCCAGGUACCUUUACAAAGGGCGGGGAGCUCGCUUUGAUUUUAGCAUUUGCUUCUGCCCUGGCUGCUUUUCAUUCCCUGAAUGCAAUGCUUUGCAAGCUUUUGCUUCUUCUUUUUUUGCAUUUGGAAGCGUGCACCAUCCGCUCGAUGCACGCGCCCUGCUCUUUCCAAGGGAGGCCGCCGAUGCCGCCGGCUGCACCCUUCAAGCUCGCUCCGCGGCCGCGCGCACGCUUAAGAGGAUUGCCGCCGCCGCCGCCAUGAACGAGGCCGGCGAGCGCGCUUUGCAAAGGGGAAGCCCGCCCCGCGCGCCUCUGCAGCGCCAGGCUGCGAUCCUGCGCCUCGUUGCUCCCGAGCAAGCCCCGCCGGACUCGGUGGACCUUGCUCCCGAGUAAACACGCCUAGCAAGGCUCAGAAGAAGCGGGGUGCACGGGGGUGUCCCUCGAUCGAGGAUGAGCGCUUCAAGGAGAUACUUCGGGGCAAAGAUUUGCAAGGAGAAGUGGGGCUACUACGCACCCCGCACAUUGCACGGGGCGCGCCGAGACGUUGCCUCCACCGGCCUCCUCCAGAGAAGCGCCUCCUUGCAAUAGUUAGAUUAUUAUUAUUGCAAUUAUUAAAUUAUUAUUGCAAUUUGCGCGCGCUCGGGUACCCCGCACCUGAACGCGAACACGCCCACCCCUCUGAUUUGUGCCUGCAACUUUCCCUAAGCUUACACCUGACGUCUACUCAGAAGUAAAAAACAAAAACCAUCCCAUUGAGUAUGUGUGCAAUAUGACACCCAAGUCAGAGGGUCUCCGGGACUGACGCCUCACCUUUCCUUGGGAUUGCGGAUGGUUUAGGAUUUGCAAGAAAAUUAAAACCGACGGUUGUAUUAUUAUUAUCAUCAUCAUCAUCAUGCACGGCGUCCCCGCUUCAUUGAUUUAUUUGCAAAGCGCACGACCCCUCCUCCUCCUCCUGGAGAUUCCUGCAUUGCAGGGAGGGUUAGACCAGACGACCCUCGGGGUGCGGAUCAUCCAGCCCCCUUUCCUAGCUCCACAAGUUUUACGAUUCCCAAAUCCUUCCUCUUUCCAAUUUUUGCUGCAUGCCCUCCCUUCCCCUCCUCUUUUUUUCUCUCCCGGAGAUCCAGACAGGCCCCUGCUGCCGGAGAAAGGGACGCGGACGGAUUGACAGGCAGGCAGGCAGGCGCGCUCCCUUUCCCCGCGCCUGGCCUGCGCCAGACUGUCUUCUCCUGCGCGAGGGAGGGGAGCGCGCACGCACGCACGGAGCCAGGCGUACGGGAGCGAGCCCCGCGCGCGGAGCCUCCGGAGCAGCCCGGCGCGUGCCCGAGCCUCCUCCUCCUCCUCCUCCUCCUCCUCCGCGAGCGCGCACGCUGCUGGCUCGGGUCGGCGUCGUCGUCGUUCUGCUCCCUCUCGCCGGCCGCCUCGCUCUCUCUCUCUCUGCUCGGUGCUGCUGCCGCCGCCGGCCCCCUUCUCCCCCCGAGGAAGGAAGCUGCGCAGGAUCCGACCCCCCCCCCCGAGCCCAGCCCGCCGGGAGACGCCGACGGAGGAGGCGGAGGAUCCGGCAGGUGAGGAGGGCGCAGCGGCGGCGGCGGCGGCGGCCCAGGCGGGGGAGGAGGAGGAGGGAAGCGGCGGAUUUUCUGUCAGCGCCUCACGGUCGGAGGAGGAGGAGGAGGGAGGCCGGGAGGCGCGAGGGAGGAGGGAGAAGCCAUUGCGGGGGGGCGGCGGCUCGGGGUCUCUCUCUGAGGCGCAUUGGGGGGGGGAGCUGUGGGGAGGGGAGCGUGUGGGGAAAUGGAGGGUGGGGGGGAUGAGGAGGAAUUGGGAGGGGUCGUUGAGGGUGGGGGGCAAGGGGUGACUGAGGGUGGGUGGGGUAAGGAGGAAUGGAAGGUGAGGAGUCAUGGAGGGUUGUGUUUGAGGGUGGGGGGCAAUGAGGAGGAAUUGGGAGGGGUCGUUGAGGGUGGGGGGGCGAGGAGGAAUUGAGGGGAAUCAUGGAGGGUGGGGGGAUGAGGAGGGGGUGAAAUGGGGAGGGGGUGAGUGAAAGAGAGGGGAAUCAGGGGAAAAAUUGAGGCCCACCCCAGAGGUGGGGGGGGGAGAGGGAGAAGAAGAUGGGUGUGUGUUUUUUGGGGGGGUGGGAUGUAGUCAGAUUGUGGUGGGUCAGAGGAGUGCAAGGAGGUGGGGUGGGGAAUGGGGGUCGUUCAUCCAGGGAAGUGGGGAGGGGAGAAGAAGGGAUGAGGUGGGUUUGGGAAGGGCUGGCAAGAGAGGAGGAAGGGGAGAUGGGGAGGGGAAUUGGGGGGUCGCCUUUGCGCUGAGGAGGCCGGUGCAGUUGAAGGGCAGAGAGAGGGCUGCUGGUCGGGGUGGGGAUGACAGAGGAAAAGGGCUGGAAUUAGGUGGCUGUGGGCAGAUCAUGUAUAGGGCCGUUGGGUGUUUGUGAAAGAGAAAGUGUUGGGGUCGGAAGCUUCUGUUUCUUCCUGCAUGACAUAACAUCCUCUCUACGCGCCCCCCCCCCCCCCAGAGUCUGCCUGGUGAUGAGGACAGCCCUGUUAAUGCUGAUAGACAGAUUGCCAAGAAAAAGGCCUCAAGUCAUUGGGAAGAAACUACGAGGGGGGCAAAAGAAAGUGAGGCAGGGCUCCUCCAGGGCUCUAUUGCAGAUGUGUGUCUCUGUGUGCAUGUGCUCUUCGACAUAAUGUGGAGAAUGGGGUUGAAAAAGCGGUAGUUCCUGCAGGGGAGAGCUGGUGGUUUAUUCUUGGGAACCUCUUUCAUCCAAGGUAGGCUGGGGGAACUCCUCAUCCCUUCACUGACGUACAUAUACUCUGUGCCAAGGGAAAGCUAUUAUCAUAGGUACGUGCUCAAGCUCCCUUCUCAUGCAGUUCCAAGAUAAUUAAAGAUUAAAAAGCUCACAGAUUAUAUAAAUAAUGGUCUUAUAUUUAGGAUUGCUGUGUAUUCACUGUGAUUGAUAAUGGCAAGUGACCUGGGUGGGAGAGAAUCAAGAGGUCCUGUCUCCCUAAUAGAUGAUUCCACAGAAUCAUUGCACAUUGGAGUUUUUAUGACGUGAUGCAUUAACUGCAUCCAUGAAAUGAGUUUGAGAGUUGAAUUUGCGUUCUCCCUUGACUGGUUUUGACUGGUGGCCACCAAAUAUUUUAGCCUACCCCCCCAGAUAGUGCCUUUAAAUGUUGCUGGAUGAAAUGAGCAAGGGCCGUGAGUCAGAGCAACACUUAGUUGUCUCUUCUGUGCUUUAUCAAUACCUUGCAGUCGUAGACAUGGUGGAACAAUUCAUUUGACAUAUUACUGGAGCAUGUUAUGUUGCUGGAGCCAGUUUUCCCCCUGAGGAAGAGGUGAAAGCCAUCCAUGCCAGUUGCUGGCGCUGUGACACAGAAGGGACUUUAGAAGCUUUCACAUCUUGCUUGCAUUUUAUCCACCGAAGUAUCAGUUUGCAGUUAAUGUGUACUGCUAGCUUUUGCUGUAGGUCUCUGCAUUUUGUGCUGUGUCUCAGGCUGCGAGCUCUGUAGUAUAAUGUGUAUUCAAGGGUAAAAGACAAAGUCAGUACAUCAUUUUGAACUAGUGUGAGAUGAAAUCUGCCUUAUCUGUUCAAGCUGUUUUAUUGCUUUAAUUUUCUCCUUGGACUCUGAAAAGGUGAGGUUGCCUUUCAUUUAUGACACAGCAGUUGGUCACUGAAGCAAAGCAAUGUAAGAUAGAACUAGAUUGGUCAUCUACUGAUGAGCUUGGCAAAUAUAUAGCAUUAAAGAAAUUAAGCUCUGGUUUGGGAUGAGAAUCAGAAAGGAGCUAAUGGUUGUAUUUAUGCAUUUUCAAUCAUGUAAAACUUGGCAUCCGCCUUUAAGCCCAAUGUUGGACCUAGGAGCUACUUUUAAAUGAUUUCUGAAUACAUGUCUCUUUCUGUUCCCUUUUCUUUAAAAGAGAAACAAAACAGAAAGCCUCACAAAUGUAAAGGUUAGGGAAGUAGCCAAUGUGGAGCCCUCCAGAAAGUGUUGGGCUAUAUUUCUCAUCAGCCCAAACCAGUUUGGCCAGUAGUUCAGGAUGGUGAGAGUUGUAGUAUCUCAAAGGCACCACAUCAGCUACCCCUGGGUUAGACUGUGCUCAUUUGUGGGUCACAGGCCUCCAAUUGGAGGCCAGUGCUGACAAGCAGAAUAUUUGAGUGCAACUGAAUAUUGCUAGUGAUGCAUGAUUCAUUUCUUUUACAGACUCUCAUAAAGCCAGUUCAAUUAACAAAUGGUUAUAGCACAUUUUAAUUUAUUCUGUGCCUACUGAAAAGGGAGAAUAAAAUUGAGGAAGAAGCAGGGUGGGAAGUGAAGGUGUUGCUCUUAAAUUUGCAUCAACAGGAUAUGCUUUAAUUCAGUAAACUGAAGCCAUAGCUAAAUUAAUUUGCCCUUAAUGGGAAAACCUUUGUGGGCUUCUGGGAGGCGGUGGGGGACUUAUUCUGCACUUCUCUAUAGUGUGGCAUUUUCAUUUGCAACUAAAUUGCAUUACCACAUUAAGCUCUGUAACUUCCCAUCCUUUCAAAACUGGGCCAGUUUGGAAAUCAGUUGGACAAGAAAAUAUGUACAAAACUAUUGUAGGCAGCUUCUCAACUUUGUUUGGUUCUCUGCUUCUCCAAUGAAAUGUUGGAUUGUGGAUGGAGUGUUGAUCAUUUGCGCAUUAAGUCAUGCUAUUCUUGUGAGCGGAAGCUUCUCAGCUGCACAGCUGCUGGUUCCCAGUGAUCUGGCUGCUUUAUCACCAACCUCUCUUAUCUACCCAUGUGUUGUCUGGCAAACUGAGACUAUUCUAUUGUAUUUUGGAAAUAGAGAGAGCUCUCAUGCAUACGUAUGACAUCUUUCCCUGUGCUAUAGAAAUGUAAUCUGUGGGUAAAUAAGAAUCCAGGAAAUAUAACGUGUCAAUUUCCUGCUGCCGUGGCCGCAGAAAUUAUUUCUAGCUUCCUGUCUUCAGUUAUAUUUGCCAUGGUUAAUGGAAGCUGAUGGCUCACACAUGCCUUUGUUAAUACUGAACAGAAGACUGAUAACUGGUGCCUGAAUGAGAAGGGUAAGCCUUUCUAACACUGAGAUGUUACAGGCUUUCAGUUCCAUGUCUUUGAGGGUAGGGAAGAGCAUAGUUACUGAGCAAGAAAAGAAGCUGAUGCAAAACAGAAGUCACUGCCAGAACUAGAGAGUUCGAGAUGGAAGCAUGGAAGGGUCUUCCAAUAAAAACGCAGAUUGACUCGAGUAACCAGGGUACCAUUUUUGGCUUUCCCAUCAGUCUGUAUACCUCAGGGACGUCUGUCUAUGCAUGUGACAGUACGUACUCUAUAUUAUUCAGAUGUUGGCAGCCAAUCAUAAAAUCACAGAUCCUUAAACUGUGUAGCAGGUCCCCCGAUGGAGUGUGGGUUUAGGGGACUGCUUUGUCUGUGAGAGUUAAUAUUAUUAUUUGUUAGGUUUUUAUCCUGCCCUUCCAUCCAGGGUUGGGGGCGUCUGGGAAUACGCAUGUGCAUUCUCUUCUUUCUUCCAGUUUGAUCUCCUGGUUGGCACAUAGCUAAGCAUGAGACUUGACAGGAAGCAGCAGACCUAUUGGGGAAAUGUUGUAGCUGGUGAAUCCACCCCCUUAUGUUUAGAGUAACUAAACAUCUGUCUUCAGAUGUCUUCAGAAUGUUGCUCUUACCAACUUGAAAUUAACGUUCAGGUCAAUGUAUGUAAAGACAUAUAUGUGCAUGACACCCAUCAUAUAUGUACAGUGAGGACUGCAUGCAUCUGCUACUCCAGCACACAUACUGGAUUGCUAGCCAUAACUGUGUGACUUGGCCUUAAGAAACUUUAGAUGACUGGCAUCUUCUGUUCCCCUUUCUGAAAAGCUGUAAGGGAGGAAAUCCCACCAUAAGGAUAUACAGUGAUACCUCUGGUUACGGUACUUAAUUCGUUCCGGAGGUCUGUUAAGUACUUACCGUAUUUUUUGCUCUAUAAGACUCACUUUUUCCCUCCUAAAAAGUAAGGGGAAAUGUGUGUGCGUCUUAUGGAGCGAAUGCAGGCUGCGCAGCUAUCCCAGAAGCCAGAACAGCAAGAGGGAUUGCUGCUUUCACUGCACAGUGAUCCCUCUUGCUGUUCUGGCUUCUGAGAUUCAGAAUAAUUUUUUUCUUGCUGUCCUCCUCCAAAAACUAGGUGCGUCUUGUGUUCUGGUGUGUCUUAUAGAGCGAAAAAUACGGUAAUUCGUUCCGGAGGUCCAUUCUUCACCUGAAACUGUUCUUAACCUGAGGCACCACUUUAGCUAAUGGCGCCUCCCGCUGCCGCCCCACCACCAGAGCAUGAUUUCUGUUCUCAGCCUGAAGCAAAGUUCUUAACCUGAGGUACUAUUUCUGGGUUAGCGGAGUCUGUAACUUGAAGCAUAUGUAACCUGAAGCAUAUGUAACCCGAGGUACCACUGUAAUCAGAGCCCUGUUGGAUCAGCCCGGUGACCCAUCUCAUCCUGCAUCCUGUACUCAAAGUGGCUCAACCAGAUGCCUAUGGAUAGCACAAAAGCAUGACUUGAGUAUUCUACCUACUUGGGGUUCCCCAAACUGGUAUUCAGAGGCAUACUGCGACAGUCAAGGUUGAACAUGGUCACCAUUUCCCAGCUUAGUGUCGAGGUGAAUGUUAUAUGGGAAACAUGAGGAUUACCAUCCUCAGUGAUGAUGAUGUGGGGGGAUUUGCAGGGAGACUAUCUGCCAAUUCUUAUCCUUCUGGUCCGUGGUAUACCCUCCCUAGGAUGAGAAUGAGUGAUUUGCCCAGCUAAACUCGUACAGGAACUAAGCCAAACUGAGUGUGUGGGGGACAGUUUGGGGAACAUUUGCAGGUGAGAACUAGUGGCUGGGGGGGAAAAGGCACAUUUCACCCACUGAUCCCCCCUCUGUUCCCGGUAUCCCCAUUAUUUUAACAAAUGUGGGUUGGGCAACGGGUGUUUGCCCAGUUCUGAUUUUACGCAGUUUGUUCACUUGUUCAUAUGGUUCAGAAGUUUGUUAACAAAAGUUCAGCUAAACUCAACUUCCUCUGAUUUAAGCUGCUUGUGCUGUCUUUCUUUUUAACAUUGUUUUAACUUUUUUUUUUAAUUGGCAAUAUGCACCCUAUACCUUUUCUCUAGGCUUAAAAAUCCCCUGCUAUUUGUCUUCUAAUUUACAGGUUAGAUUAGGCUUCAGUUUAUAUGUCGCCUUUCCAGAAGGAAAUUGUGUUCCUGGCAGAUCACACUAUGCAAGCUAAAGAAACUGCAAAGCAGAAAAAUAGUUAACAAGCAUUUCUGACUUUAUAUUUAUUUAUAUCAACAUGUAUUUAAAUCAAAGUUAAAGAUACAACAACACAAACUCUGCAUACAUAUUCAAAUUAAACUAUGCAAAUGCUUUUAUAAUGCAUGUUUUCUCAAAGUUAUUUUCGGAUGAUCACUGUCCGUGCAAAAAAUCCAUCCAAAACAGUAGUCAAAAUGAGUAAAAAGUAGGUCUGAUGCUUUUUGACUUGAACACAUGUGAUGACACUUCAAUUCUCAGGAGUUAUAGUGGCCGUUAACUUUUGUGCCAUAGCAUCCCAUUUUUGACUAAUUUUGAUUUUAUUAAAUGGUACCUGAGAAUAUUUUCAUUCUUAUCAGUGCAAUAUCUUUGCAAACUGCCUUAAGAGAUUUGAUUCAUUAGUUUACAGCAGCAUUUAAUUGUGCUUCGGUGGGUUAAUUGCCUUCUCUUAUCUCUUAGAUAACUCAUAAGAGCAAAAACACCCCAAAAAACUUCCUAGUAUGCUCCAGAAACAAAAUGCAUGCCAAGGCCAUUCAGGAACAGAUGCUGGUUGUGUCUUGUGCAAAGACUUGCUGUAUAAUAGUCAUAAAUUGGGGUGGGACUAAAUAUGACAUUGUUCACUGGUGCGCUGCUGAAAAUGACAACCCCAUGUUGAGUUUCUCCCACCACCUGUUAUGUGUUGCCAUACCUACGUGUUAUGGAAAAGGUGUCACACGCAGCACUUACCCUUCUGUUCUGUGUGUUUCCUGUGUGUGUUGUUGCAACUACUUCCAGUCUGAACAGACUGUUGAGUACAUCAGAACAUUUAUUAUUAUUGUUUUUAAAAAUUACAUCUGGAUAUUUUUGUUUUGGUGUUUGGAGCAGCUUCUUGAAAUUGAGGAUGGUAAGCUGGUGACAUCAAAUCUCUGACUGCAGUCUUAUAAGAUUAUUUACUCCAAAAAAAAUGCAAAUAGCUAUUAACACAUUUACCUCUGACAUAGCUGAUCGUGAAAUGCUGACUUGCUGAAUAAAGUAAUUUUCUAAGUCAUGUCUUGAGGCAUCUGCAAAUGUAUCCAUGGAAAUGGUUGGUUGUUGGUUGCUUUUAGCUAAUGACAAAAAGAUGAAGUAAAGAAUCAGAGUUUUAAGUUUUUGUUACUUAAACUGUCAAACCAGCAGUUCUUUUUAAAUUAUGUAUGCCAGUUAAUCCAUUUUAUGCUCAUUAUUUUUGCUCACUUUCAAUUUUGAGUAGUCCGUAAAGAAGUCCAGGAGUUGGAAAGCACAAACACAUUCUUGGUAUGUUUAAUUGAAUCAUGGUGGCAUUUACUGUUGCAUUCAGAUUCUAAGCAUUUGUGCCUCUGGAGCUCCAUUUACUGUCUCUGCCAUGCUCACAUAAUGGCUUCUGACCUUGGGCUUGUGAUCCACUAGUGCAUUAGGACCAAGCUAUGAAAUUUCUUACAAAAUGUAGAAUUUGCAAGCAGUUUGUUGACCUGCUGGGGAAUCUUUUGAAGGAGAAGGUGAUGUAGGAGACAUAUAACUGCUUGGCAAUAUGUUCUCUUUGCAGUGGUGGUGCAUGGAAUGUCAGUUUUACACGCUUAGUAAUUAGGAUGAGAAUUACGUUUCUCAACCAUAGGUAGGUAGCCGUGUUGUUCUGCCGUAGUCGAAACAAAAUGAAAAAAUUCCUUCCAGUAGCACCUUAGAGCCCAACUGAGUUUGUUAUUGGUAUGAACUUUCAUGUGCAUGCAUACUUCUUCAAAGCUCAUACCAAUAACAAACUUAGUUGGCCUCUAAGGUGCUACUGGAAGGAAUUUUUUUGUUUCUCAACUAUGUAAUACAUUAAUUUGCUUAAACUGUGAAACUUGACCCACCAGCAAUCUCCAACAUUGUUUUCUUUUUCAUACCUUAUGGGUUUCACCAGUACUUAAUGUAGAAAGACUGUUUCAGCUAAGCCUGCGGAAUCCUGUGUCCAGAAAAUGUAGGGAAUUCUCAGUGCAUGGUAGGUAUACUCCUCUUGGAGCUGUCCAGCAUGGGAUAAUGAAAUCUUGAGCUUGGUUUCCUUACGAGCGAUAGACUCGUAAUCUGGGGAACCGGGUUCGCUUCCCUGCUCCUCCACAUGCAGCUGCUGAGUGACCUUGGACUAGUUACACUUCUUUGAAGUCUCUCAGCCCCACUCACCUCACAGAGCGUUUGUCGUGGGGGAGGAAGGGAAAGGAGAAUGUUAGCCGCUUUGAGACUCCUUGUGAUAAAGCGGGAUAUCAAAUCCAAACUCCUCCUCCUCCUCCUGUUCUUCUUCUUCUUCUUCUUCUUCUUCUUCUUCUCUCUGAAGUAGAGUUUUAGGGUACCCAGACUCAAGAGUUACUGGAUUCUACUCCUGAUGGCCCCUUUAUCUUUGAAAAAUCAGCUUUGGGUGUGUGUGAUGAAAUAGGAGGGCAGAGAGGAGGUGUAUAACCCAUUCCCUACCUGCUGUGUGUCUUCUCCAGGUCACCCGCUCCCAGUCACAUUUCCCUUGCAGGAUAUCAAAUGCGUUUUGGGGGCAGUAAGCAGAUGUUUGAAGCCUAGCUUGAAGGGUGGCCAGAUUGGUGGGUGAUUCAGAGCAGAAAAGUGAGUGGAGAAAAGAUUAGUAUCUCUCUCUCCCUCCCCCCCCCCCCUGCUAUUUCUCUGCUAGGCAUGACUUCCCCAUGGAGAUCCUUUUUUGGGUGUUGGUGGUAGGAAACAGCCAUUAUAAUGAGUUACAAGCAAACAUUUGUAAUAUGUAUCUCUGUCCUUUUCCAGACAUAGACAGCCUUUUGAAAAGAUUUCCAUAGAGAGGUGUGCAUAAGACCGUAUUACAUUGAAGUAAAAAAAUUCACAGAGCAGGUUCAGAGUUAGUGUCAAUUCUUGCUCUUCUCUCUUGCUUAUCAGUGUGUUACUCCAGAUUUGUUAGCCUUGGGGAAACAGGUUAUUAAGGGAGGUUGGUGUUUUUCCUUGUUUGCCAAAUGCUCUCAGUACAGUGUUGAGGAUGCUAGCUUGAAUACAAUGUGUUAGGAAGCAGGGCAGGAACAAGCCAUAGUUGUAGAGAUAAAUUUGAAAAUGUGGUGGUGUCAGGGAACUGCCAUCGGAAGGAAGGGAGGUGAAAGGACUCAGACAGGUUGGAAGAGAUUCAGCAGCUGAAGAGGGAACCAGCAAGGGGAGAGAAGCUGAACUGAGGGAGGUGAAAGGGCUCAGACAGGUUGGAAGAGACUCAGCAGCGGAAGAGGAAACCAGCAGGGGGAGACAAGCUGAACUGAGGGAAAGGGAGCUGGGGGGAUGGCUCAGAGAUACUUCCAGCGAAAACAGUGGUGAGGUUUCCGGACCUCCUGUAGCGACACCCACUCCUCGCCGGAAACUGUCACGCAGAGAGUCCAGAAGACGUGUUUCCGUUAAGGAGCUUUUAUGUUGGAAGCGAUUACGAAAGCAACCACUGUCGGAAUCUUCUAGUGACUAAGAGGAGCCAUGUCAGAGGGGCUCAGUCACAGACAGAGGUUUGUGGACUUGAACAAACUCUGAGGGAAUACGAUUUUACGCACAAGCAGCUCAUAAUCCCAUCACAGCAUUCCGACAGUCUUUGAACGCAGCUUGUGCAGGAGACGGCAUAAUAAUGAGCAACCCAGCAGGAACCGGAGAAGCAGGGGCUGGAGCGGGUCCAAGCCUGGAAGAAAGGUACCGGGUGUUAGAGGUCCAGCUGGCGCUGCAGACGGCGAGGCUGGAGGAGAGGAGGGCUCAAGAUGCAGACAAAAGGGAGAAAGCCACCCAGCUCGCCAGAAAGGUACCAGGAUUGGUGCAAAAAUUUGGGGGGGAGCCCAAAGACUAUCAUAGCUUUCGGACAGAAAUGCAAUAUGCCCUCAAUCUGCAGUUUGAUGAUUUCCUGAUGAGGAAUCACGAGUGGCUUUUGUGAUUGGGCAUCUUGAAAAGGGGGCGAGAGACUGGGUUAGACCCCUGAUGGCAGCGAAUAGUGACGUCUUAAAAGACACGAUGAAGUUCUUUCGCGCCAUGGAUCUGAUGUUUUCCAGCGAUAUUGAAAAGGGAGUGGUGCGCAGACAGUUAAUGGCUUGCAAACAGGGGAGCCGAUCUGUACGUGAGUACUGGACUGAGUUCACCAUGCUGAUACACAGAUUGGGGUGGGACUUAUCGGCGGAACCCAUUCAAAUGCUCUUUGAAGAAGGGCUUUCUUCGGCUGUGAAAGAUGAACUUUCCCGGGCGCCCAGGGCGGAGUCUAUGGACCAGCUGACCAAAUCAGCGCUGGCCAUAGGAGCGCGCCAGGAGGCGAGAGCAUUGGAGAGGCGGGAAGGGAAAGGGGAACGUUGGAAGGAGUUCCGCAUUCCAGACAUUCCAGAGCCAACUGUCCCGCCGGCAGAGCCGAUGGAAAUCGGAACAGCGCGCGCGCGCAGUUUCAAAGCCCAGUGAGGGGGAAAGAAGGAUGGAAAAGGCGCCCGGAAAUGCUAUCUCUGCCAACAGCCAGGGCACUUUGCCAGAGUCUGCCCUCAGAGGAAGGAAUGGCAAGGGAUGGUGGGAGCUGUGGAGGGAAGAGAGGGAAAAAUACCGGAGCAACUAAAAGCCAACGCCUGGCUGCCAUUGUCGGGGCACAGCAGCCAGGCCAAAGAGCAGUGAAAGUGCCCACUCCAGAACCUCCUAAACCCGCCCUAGUGAUAGAAGUGACACUAGAGCUCCCAAACGGACACCCUCUAAAGAUAAAGGCGCUGUUGGACUCAGGCAGCUCCUGCAAUUUCAUGAGCAAAGAGUUUGCAGCUGAACACCAGAUACAGACGCUCCCUUUAAGCAACCCCCUGCAGGUAACCACGAUCGAUGGCAGGGAGCUGUUGGGAGGAGAAGUCAGCUUGCAGACCGUCCCAAUGAUAAUGAAGGUGGCAAGGCACACUGAACUGAUAGCUUUUAAUGUGGCCACCUUGGGAGGAGCUCCCAUUAUAUUGGGGAUGAGCUGGCUAGCGUUACAUGAUCCGCUGGUGGGCUGGCAUCAGAGAGUGGUUUCUUUUGGGUCAGCACAUUGCUUAGAACAUUGCAAAGAGGGAAAGGUUUUGGCAGGGGCCCAAGCCACCCUAGCAGGGACUGAAGUGAAGGAGAACGUGAAGGUACCACGACAAUACGCAGAUCUCCGCGACGUCUUCAGCGAAAGGGAAGCUGACCAACUACCACCGCAUAGAGCCUUUGACUGUCAAAUCAAUUUGCUCCCUGGGGCACAGCUCCCUGUGGGCAAGCUGUACGCCAUGUCAGACAGAGAGAUGCAGGAGCUAAGAGAGUUCAUUGACAAGAACCUGAAGAGAGGGUUCAUCAGAGAGUCCAGGGCGGUGGGGCAGCCCAGUGUUUUUGUGGACAAAAACACGAACAAGCCGAGACUGGUGUGUGACUUCAGGGCCUUAAAUGCAGUGUCAGAACCAGUGGCCUUCCCGAUGCCCAGGAUUGACGACAUUUUGACAAGGGUGCGAAAGGGAAAGAUUUUCACCAAGCUGGAUCUAAGGGGGCGUACAACCUGAUACGAAUAAGGAAGGGGGAUGAAUGGAAAACCACCAUGUUCACCCCUUUAGGGGCAUUUGAAUACUUAGUUAUGCCCUUCGGUCUACAAGCAGGCUCCGCAACAUUUCAAUCGUUUAUGAACCACGUCCUGGGGCCGUUGCUUUACAAGAAUUGUGUGGCCUUCUUAGACGACGUGUUGGUGUAUUCUGAGAAUGAGGAGCAGCAUGUGAGAGACGUCAGAGAAGUGUUGAGCAGGCUGCAAGCCAACCAGCUGUGGGUGAAACUGGAGAAGUGUCAGUUUCAUACCAAGGAGGUGGAAUUCCUGGGGUAUCGCCUGUCUGACAAGGGGUUGGCCAUGGAUCCCGGCAAGGUCCAGGCGGUACUGGAAUGGAAAACACCCAAAACAAGGAAGGAUGUGCAGAGGUUUUUAGGGUUUGGGAACUUCUAUCGUAAGUUCAUCCCAAACUUUGCCCACCUGACGGCGCCCAUUACGGACUGUCUCAGCAGUAAGAAGAAGUUCGUUUGGACGGAGGAGGCGGAGCAAGCAUUUGAGGAACUAAAAGGGCCUUCGCCUCGGAACAACAGCUCCUGCAUGUGGAUUUACAAAACCGAUGAGAGUGGACACUGACGCAUCCGACAGAGCGGUUGGGGCGGUGCUUCUCCAGCCAGGGAAGGAGGAGUCAGAGUGGAGACCGUGUGCUUUAUUUUCGCGAAAGCUGAACAAAUCCGAGAGGAACUACACGGUGUAUGACCGAGAACUACUAGCCAUUCAUGAGGCGUUCCGGAGAUGGAGGCACCUGCUAAUUGGCGCACAACAUAAGGUGCAAGUGUGCACUGACCACAAGAACCUAGAGUAUUGGAGGACGGCACGAGUGCUCAACCAACGGCAAGUGAGAUGGGCCCAGGAAUUCUCCAAAUUUAACUUUGAGAUUUGUUACGUGCCAGGCCCAGAGAACAUUAGGGCGGACGCUCUCUCACGCAAACCUGAAUAUUGGGAGGGGGAGGGAGCACCCGAAGAGAGACAUGUCAUUCCAGAGGACCGCUGGGUGUGUGGGGCGGCAUUGGUGGGACAAAGAGAACUGGUAGAAGAAACAGAGAAUGAUGAAUACGCCCAGAAUAAGCUCAGAGGUCUUAGGGAUGAGGGAGAGGAAUCAAGGGGUUUCGAGGAAAGAAAUGGAGCUUUGUAUUACAAAGGGGCACUGUAUAUCCCUGAAGGAGACUUAAGGGGGAGGGUACUCAAGCAGUUGCAUGACAGCCCCACGGCGGGGCAUUUUGGGCAACACAAAACCAUGUGGUUGGUCACCAGGGAAUUUUGGUGGCCUAAGGUGAGGGAGGAUGUACGUGAGUAUGUAAGAGGGUGCGAGCAGUGCCAGCGAGCCAAAGGGGAAAGGCGGGCGCCGGCGGGGCUAUUAGAACCCUUACCAACACCAGAACGACCUUGGGAGGCAGUGUCGAUAGAUUUUAUGACUGAUCUGCCGAAGUCCAAAGGGAAAACAGCCAUCAUGGUGGUGGUAGACCUACUAACAAAGAUGUGCCACUUUGUAGCUUGCUCGCAUGCAGUCACGGCGGAAGAGACAGCGAAGUUAUUUGUAGAACACAUUUUUAGGUUGCACGGGGUGCCAUUGAGGGUGGUCUCAGACCGAGGAAAACAAUUUACUUCCAGGUUCUGGAGGAAGCUCAUGAGCUUACUGCAGGUGGAGGUCAACUUUUCGACUGCCCGGCACCCUGAAACCAACGGGCAGGCGGAAAGAGCAAACGGUGUCCUCCAGCAAUACCUGAGGUGUUAUGUCAAUGACAGAGAGAAUGACUGGGUAGAAAAGUUGGCGCUGGCGGAAUUUGCCUACAACAAUGCCGAGAAUGUGUCCACAGGGAUGAGCCCCUUCUUGGCUAAUUAUGGGUGUCAUCCCAGGGCUUUCCCAGGGGGAGAAGGGGAGAGAUGGAGCGCACCGGCAGCCGAGCAUUUUGUAGAAGAAAUGGAAGCAAUCCACCGUCAGCUCCAACUCAACUUAGAAAGGGCGAAGGAAGAAUACAAGAGGCAGGCAGACAAGAACCGAAGGGAAGGUGAAACCAUAAGGGUUGGAGAUAGGGUGUGGCUGUCAACCCGAGGGCUGCCGCUCAAAGGAGGUUGUAAGAAAUUACGACCCAGGAGGUUGGGUCCCUUUGAGGUCAUUCAACAGGUCAACCCAGUGGCUUUCAGGCUCCGGUUACCCAACCACAUGAAACUGCACCCAGUAUUUCACAGGUCGUUACUGUCACCGUACGAGGGGGGACGAGAAGGGAUGGACACCGGGGACCGGUCAUAGAAGAAAGAGAAUGCAGCAGUCAUGUGGCAGAAAUCCUUGAUGCCAGGUGGAAGGGGAAUCAGGUGGAGUAUUUGGUAGCGUGGGAAGGAGAACCGGAGUCAGAAAACACGUGGGUAAUGGCCAAAGAUAUCAAUGACGAGGUAUUGAUAGAAAUGUUCCAUCAAAGGUUCCCGCGGAAACCUCAGCCUGUGGAGAGGUUCCGGAGGGAAUACUUUGGGACCACUGAGGAGGAGGAGGAGUUGGAAGGAUUCCCAGAAUCGGAAGGGGAAGGGGAGAUGGACUCGGAGGAGGAGGAGUGCUUCGAGACCAGGAACCGCAACAGGUGGAGAGAAGUGUUCGAGACAUCGGAAGAUGAAGGAAGUUCAUUCCGGGUUUUGCCUCCUCACCGCCCGUAGAGGAGGGGGCGAGAGGGGGUGAAGGGGGCCCUGGAGGGGAGGUGGAUGUCAGGGAACUGCCAUCGGAAGGAAGGGAGGUGAAAGGACUCAGACAGGUUGGAAGAGAUUCAGCAGCUGAAGAGGGAACCAGCAAGGGAGAGAAGCUGAACUGAGGGAGGUGAAAGGGCUCAGACAGGUUGGAAGAGACUCAGCAGCGGAAGAGGAAACCAGCAGGGGGAGACAAGCUGAACUGAGGGAAAGGGAGCUGGGGGGAUGGCUCAGAGAUACUUCCAGCGAAAACAGUGGUGAGGUUUCCGGACCUCCUGUAGCGACACCCACUCCUCGCCGGAAACUGUCACGCAGAGAGUCCAGAAGACGUGUUUCCGUUAAGGAGCUUUUAUGUUGGAAGCGAUUACGAAAGCAACCACUGUCGGAAUCUUCUAGUGACUAAGAGGAGCCAUGUCAGAGGGGCUCAGUCACAGACAGAGGUUUGUGGACUUGAACAAACUCUGAGGGAAUACGAUUUUACGCACAAGCAGCUCAUAAUCCCAUCACAGGUGGCAAACUUGCUGAUAUGUUAGUCUACAUCUGUAUUGGAUUUGCUUUUAAGAUUUUUUAAAAGCACUUGUUUGCUGCUCUGGGCUCCUUUUGGAGGAAAGGUGGGAUAUCAGUUUAAUAAAUAAAUAAAACACCGAAAGCAAGGAAUUGAGUAACAAAAAGAAGUAUGUAGUCCAUCUUUGAAGAUUCUCAUUAUUUGUCUUUUCAUCUUUCCCCGCCCCCCAAACGGCUCAUUUAUGAUUUCCGACAGUUGUGCGUAACUAUAUCAGAUUUAAAGAUCUUGUAGAAAUGAAACAUGUCCCAGUUUUCUUCGCCAUCUGCCAAUUGAAUGAAAGCAACAAGAAAUCUGCUUGUUUUGUGUACUUCACAGAAUUGUAGAGUUAGUUGGAAGGGAUCCCAAGGAUCAUUAAGUCCAGCACCCUGCAGAACUGGCAAAAAUGACAGACUAAGAAAAAAAGACAACAGAGACUUUGAAAAAGAUUGGGAACCAUUCAUAUUAUAUUUGCAGAAACAAAGAAAAUCAAUAGACUUGAUGGCAGGAUUUAAAUAAACAUCCGCAUUAUCAGCAUCAGAAAAUGUUUAGAAGAUAGUGAAAUAGGAUGGUGUAUUUACUUUUAUUUUUAUGUUUUUAUGUUUGAUGUUAUGUUAUUAAUAACUUUUUCUGUUGAGAGAUAGCAAAGUGGGUGAGAAUAGAAACAAACCAGAAGCGCAAGUUGGGGGAAGUCUUGGAGAGGAGGGAGGGAGGAAUAUAUAGUAAAUGUUAAGAAUUUGAGAUGUCUAUAAUGAAUGAAAAAGAAAAAUGAAUUAAAAAUUAAAUAAAUAAAUAAAAUCCAGCACCCUGCAGUGCAGGAAUCUCAUCCAUGACAAAUAGCCAUCCAACCUCUGCUUAAAAACCUCCCAGGAAGCAGAGUCUGUCACUUUCUGAGGGAGUCCAUUCCAUUUUCAUACAGCUCUUCGCCAUCAGAAAGUUCUUCCUCAUGUUUAGUUGGAAUCUCCUUUCUUUUAACUUGAAGCCAUUGAUUUGGGUCCUACCUUCUGGAGCAGAAGAAAACAAAGCUUGUUCCAUCUUCCUUGUGACAGCGCUUUAGAUCUAUUAUCUUAGUCACCCUCCUCUAUUCACGUUCCAGCUUAUCAGUAUCCUCCUUAAAUUGUGGUGCCCAGAACUGGACACUGUCAAGUGUGGAGAACUGAGACUAGCCUUUAUUUUUUUCAAAUAUGAAAGAAGGUCUUGUCUCUCCCAUGUGGUGUUACGGUUAAUUUACAAACUAAAAUCCUGUUGGUGAAAUGUUGCCUUCCUGUUUCCUGUUGUACAUGCUGUUUUAGUGUGUGUGUGUGGGGUAGUAACAUGUUUUAAGGAUGCCAAAUGCAGGACUAACACUGUCUCGCUUAUGUAACAUAGUCUUUAAUUCCAAAACUUUCCCAGAUAAAAUAUCUUGCAUAGUUGCCAGUCUGGUUACUAACAGGGGCUGCUAAAAAGCAAGUAUGCUAAAAAUGGUCCAUGAAUCACCAGCUGUCCGUAGACCUGACAACCUGCUGAAUGAAGCACUUUUGGGGAAAUGAGCACCAAGGAGAGAGAUGUCCUAGCAUGGGUAUAGAACUGCUGCCGUAGAAUAUCGGUGGAAUUGAGUUCACAGGCAGUACUGUAAUAGCACUUGCAAGGAUGCCGAUAAGAUUGUGCCUAAUAGUAUAGUAGGUGCUUAAGGCAUCCUAGCACUGAAGAAUUUAAAAACUGCCAGUCUCAAAGCUUUAUAGACAGCCAGCUGAAAUGAAAGUGAUAUUUCAUAAUUUAAUUAAGAUUUUGAGACCUCAAUUUAUCUUCAAGCUCUUAAAUUUUGGACUAGACAGCUUUUGUUAUCUGAAUCCCGUCAAAUUUUGAAUUGGAAGCUUUCAUUUUAGCUUUCUUUCAUAGACACCACUCCUUUUUCUUAAUUCACAUUUUAAUCUUAUUUUGGUGGUGUUGCAUCAACCCCUCGUCCAAAGCACUAUGAGAUUUCUUGCUAGGUACUUGUAACUGGUCAGACAUGAAAGUUCACUAUAGGCACAGUUACUUCACACUUUGAUACCUUGCAUUAACUAUAGAGUAACUGGAAAAAUAAACAAAAUAAUCUGUUUUAGAGUUGCAGUACUCCUGUCACUCAGGUAAUUGAUGCUUCUCUGAAACCUGGUAGUUUGUGUUUAUUAAAAACCUGGCAGCAGUUAUUCUUGCAGGCAUAAUGCUGAACUGUGGUUUAUUUUCCUUGACUGCUGUUUAUUCAAUUUCUUACUUACCACAUCAGGCCUCGGAGCAGGGUACAGCAAUUUAAAAUUCAAUAUCUAAAACUCUAAAAUGAAUUAUAGCCACAAGAAUAGGGUAGGCCCUAAAAAUCUAUAUUUCAGGUAUCAAGGCCAGAUUAGAUGUUUAUUAUACCUCAAUAUAAAACCUAGGUUAAGGACUGCUUCCAAGUACCUCCUUUGAAGUGAAUCUUCAUGAAGUAGUUAAGCAUCUGCUUCAUUGAGGGACGUAUGAAAAACUGUUGCCCCACUUACCCAGCCUCUAUGCUUGCAGGUGACAAGUUUCAUGGUUGACUUUUGUAUGCUCUCAAGGGCAAGACUUAGCUCAGUAAACUAACCAAUGGCUUCCAUGACCCAACUUGGAUAUAAUGAUAAACUGCGGUUUCGUGCUAUGUGAGGGAGCCUUGGACUUGCGCCCGUCUUUGGGGACUGGAAGCACCUGCUUCCUGUUUUUCCUCUAACCUCUGUUUAUUGUUAUAGCUGGAAAGGACAAACUAUGGUCAGCUUUAAUGGUGGUUUAUUAAAAGAAGGAAGGAUUGAAACUGAUUUAUGGUCUUGGCUUGUAAUAAACUAUUGUUUAAUGAAGGGGUAGGAACUGUCAAGGAAUUCUACUCAUUAUUGAUUCAGAGCAGAACUCCGAUGUAUAGUUAGCAGAGUAAAAACUUAAACAUGUUGCAGGAUUCCCAGAAAAAUAGACCAGAGGCAAUUAAUUUCAUCCAGCAGAGCUUUACUGCUAUUGAAGGCAAAUGAGCAUAAUGGUCACAAAUCCAAUACAUUCAGGAUUGGCACUGUCCUUAAGAAAUCCAGCUGCAGCAGACUUAUCUUAAACUUACAAUAACCUAUUAUGUCUACAGAACACCACAUCAGAAGGAAAAGAGAUAGAAAGAGAAAGUGAAACCCAUGCUCCUUCUGGCCUUAUUAUCAUAGUCAGCAUGACCUUGCCGGAAAGAGAUAACAGAACCAGCUUAAGCCAGCUGUACUCAGUUUCUCCAAAGGAGUAACCCAAACAUCAUGAACUUUCUGCUUGUUUCUUUCACACACAAAGCUUCCAGAAGCUUCUUGAAUUAAUUAGGAGAGAUUUCUACACAUCAGAUCAAUACCUUCUGUACUAAGAAAUGCAAACUAACAGGAACCUGUGGUGCUCCAUAGGUUCUUGAAUGCUCAGCUUCCGUCAGGUCCUUCCAGCAUGGAUACUGGUUAGGUGUGAUAGGAGUCCCUAUAGGUCCUCUCCAAAAUACAUUGUAAGUUUGGGGUCAUCCAGGGUUAAGGCAACAUCCAGGGUAUUGGUACCAUGGUUAAGUGUAACAUUUGUACUGAGAUUCAGUGUUCCCUAGAAAAUGCUUUACCCAGUGUGCUCAUAAAUCAGCAAUAUAUUAUGUUAAGUACCAAAGGGAAUAUUGUUGCUACCUCUUUCAAAAUUCCUAAGGUGAUAUUUAUUUAUUUUACAUAUAGAGAGAAAGAAACUAAAAAUAAGACUUAGUUGGCUAUUACUGUUAAUCUUACCUGACAGAAAUUUGAAAGAUAUUUGAUCCCUAACAUGGGCAUUUCUGAAUUCUCUGCUAGCUUUUUGUGAGUACAGCCAAGUAUUUAAUUGUGUUUGUGUUUGUGUGGGGUCAGGCUGGAAUCAUUUCCAGGUUGUCCAGAAACUUGAAAUAUUUCCUCAGCCCUGCAGCCCUUGUUUUUUUGUUAAGCCUGGGUGGAGCGCUCUAAACCUGAAUACAGUAGAACCUCUACUUACAACCGCCUCUACUUGGGCCCAAUCCAAGUUGUGACCACGGCAAACCCGGAAGUAAAUACCGGGUUUGCCAUGAUUCACGCAUGCGCAGAAACGGCUUCUGCCAUUUGCGCAUGCGCAGAAGCAAUUGCCGGAUUGACUUAUGGAUGGACCUCCGGAACUGAUUACGUCAGUAAGGAGAGGUUCCACUGUACUCUGUUUCUAAGCCAAAGGAAUGGGAGAAAACGAAAGGAAAGAAUAUCUCAGUUGGCAGUACAUGCAGUGCAGGACACUUUAUCUCAUUUAUGAGCUUGCAUUGCCUGGUAGUAUUUGACCACAAUGUACACUUUUCUUACUGGCAUUGUAAAACUUGAAGAAACUUGAAGUGGCAAAAAAGCACAGCUAAGGUUAGAAUCUUUUGAAUGCCACACCCUUACAAAAAUGCAUGUCUGUUGCAUUGUAGUGUGUGAUUCGGUUUCCCUUGUGCAGAAGAAACUAAAACAGCUGGCAGGAUGGGAACUGAGCUCCUCUUUCUCUGUGUGUACUUUGCCUAGACACAUUCCUGCCUAAACACCCUUCUUUCCUUCUACCCAGUGCCACUUCAGUUCACCUUCCUUUGUUUUGCAGUUGGAAUGAUGAUCCAAGCUUUACCUCCUUGUAUCCUGUCUUACAUGUCAAAAUAUACCGGUACCUUCUGACUUAUGGCAGGACUAGAGAUUCAUGAACAGGAUCUCUCGCUGUUUGUUUGUUUGGAUUUUUAAAAAAAGUUAAUAGCACUUUGGGAAGUUCCAAAUCGGAUUGAAACAGUGGAGAUGCGGGAGGAGUGUGAGUUUAACCCUCCCCUUGCAGUCAUUUUACCAAUUAAAAUAUAUCCUCCCCAAGCUGCUGUUUGCCCCAUGGCAGGUCACUUGGUACGGACCGUGUGCCCCAUUGAUUGAGGAGAAAGCUAUUUAGCACACAAACUGAUAGCAAUAUAGUAUCUAAAAUAGAUGGUGUCCAACGCUUACCCUCCCAUGAGAUAAGCACUGGGGUAAACCUUCAACUCAGUGGUCUUGUUCUUCUCAGUGACAUGUCAGAAAUUCUCAAUUGUAUUGUUCUCAUAGGCAAUACCAGGAACCAGAAGGAAAAAACCCUCUUGCACUCUGCGAAGAGUUUGAAGUCUUCUAAACAUAGUCUUUGAAUCCUUUACUCUCAACCGCCUUCAGUCCCCAUGUAGCAUUAAGUGACUCCUCAAUCUUUAUUUCUGGAGCUGCCAUCAAGUUUGACAGCCUAAACUCAUUCAUAGUCUUAUAGGAAUACCCAUUCUUCCUUGCAGGCCUGCACUCUAUUCACUAAGCAACUGAUCUCCCACCAUUCCAAAUAAAGUUGGCUGGUUGAGAUUCACCUUUGAGCAGCAACACUUUCAUCUACCCCAGAGUAUUUUGGGACUGACCCUCUUAGAAACAUGGGGUCCUUUUUAUAGGUUACGUGACCAGUAGUAUUUGAUACAGCUCCAUACUUAUGUGUCAUCCUUUUUAAAAGUCAGGAUAUGCUGAUGGUCUUUCCAACAUCCUGUGAUGAAGAAUUCAGUGAAUUAAGCAUGUGUUGUUUUCUGUCUUGAACCUCCCACAGGAACUUCUGUGUGCUUAUCUGUCCUUUGCCUAGAGCUGGACCAUCAAGGGAUCAGUCACGUCAUAUUUUUGUUCUUGCAGAUCUUGUUUAGUGGUUUUAUCUGUUUAAAGUAGUCAUCCCCUUAUGGUGGAAUAGAGAAGUUCCUGGUUGUAGAACAGAGGCAGACAGGCUUAAGGCUGGCAGGACCUACUCUGCUCUUUUUUACUAGAAUCCUGAGUUACAUCCAUGGGAGCUUGGUACAUAAACUAUAAAAUGUAUGUUAAAGUUACUUAUAAAAGUCAGAAGCUAAAAGCAAGUUAAAUUAAAAAUAUAUAAUAAAAUUGCAUAUUAAAAUGCAUGCCGGAAUCACUUGUUAGCAACAUGUGUUAACAUGGUUGCUGUUCUGAAAUCUCUCCCUUGGUCUUUUGCAGGUGGCUAUAAGGAAACAUUGCACAUUAAAUAGUAUGAUUCACACUUCCACCUAGCAUCCUUGCCCUUUGUAAACAGCCUCCUUUCUCAAAAAAAACAGCAAACCAAACUUAAGGAGUGUGUUUUUCUUUCACUCUUGUCUGAUGCAUCUAUAAUAUAUGCAUAUAAAUCAUUGGCCUUAUGUGUGCCUGAGAUUCAGGAUUUUGAAGGUAUCCUAGUGAGUUCCUCUAAGAAAAAGGGGGGUGGGGAAACUUCUAAGUUUUCCAAAAAUGAAAACGUUGACUGCCAUUUUAGUUGCUGGAGCUUAUUCCUACCUUCACUGGAAGGGUCCCAAAACCCAUUGGAACAGAUUUUCGAGGGUGCAUGGGAAUGGGAAGCACAGAGGAGGGUGACGUUCCAUCAUAGAAGCAGAAAUCUGCUUCCUUGUUUGCAGCUCAUUGUCAGGAGAUUUUGCUUCAAGACACGGUACACAGCCAGUUCUCCUAUUAAUCACACCUUUGAAAAGGAAAAACCAUCAACUACAGUAUAAAUUGCUUUGCAUAGGUCCUGGCUGGAUGUUUCCUUUGCUACUACAUUUGGAAAGACUGCUCCGGUAUUAGUGUAGCUUACCCACACUGGAGGCGCAUCCUCUUGCGCACUUGACACCCUGCCAGGCCUCUCGCUGCUGCCCGUGGUGCGCAGUCUCAUGAAGUCACUCUGACUCUGCUGGUGCUGCUGAUGUCACAGUUUCUGAGCUCUGCUCUUAGCGCUCUCGUUUCACAUUUAUAAUCUGGUGAUUCUAGGGCAGAAUAAAGCAUUAGGCUUUUUAUGCGAGCAGGCGGGUUUCAGGAUCACGUCAGUCAAAUGGCUCUUGAGCAGCAGGCGCAUAUCUGCUGUUUAGCUGAUAGAAUAAACAGUAUAUUGCUAAUGUAUUUUGACAUGUUCACAUUGUAGUGGAGGUUUCAGCUUUAGAUUUUAUAUAUAAUUCAUAUUUAGGUCAAAUAACAACAGUUCUUCAUGUCUUUGUAGCUAUAGUUGUUUCUUACCUUCCAUCUUUAGGCUAUUCCAAGUGGGUUUCUGCUGAACUCUUUAUUUCUCAGUAUAUAGAAGUACUUUAUUUCUUUUUCUCCUGACAGGAUACUUUCCUUUGGAAGGAUAUGAACCAUCUAUAUUACCUUGGCACUGUUUUUUCAUAACCUGGGCUGGUUACAUAUUUAAUUAGGUCCCAGCUUUUUUGGGAUAUUUAGCUACACUGUUUGAGGUGAUAAUAUGCUGCGUUAACUCUUGCACGGUUUUGAUAUAUUAAAAACUAGCCAGCAUCCACUCAAAGCUACCUGCAUGAUAUUAAUGCCUGUCAUUGCUGGGAGGCGACUGAUGUUUGUUUUCUUUAGUUCCGUUUCUGCUUGCUUUUUAUAUUAGAAUCCUAAUGUAGUUUUUAAAAAAACUUAUUUUAGAAAUAAGUCAAUAGGCAGCCUAGCUUAAAGCGCUCUCUUCUAGAUGACUUGUGUUUUUCUUUUAAUAACUUUCCCCAAAAGAAAGACUUCAUUGGUUCUUUCAUUUAACCAAUUCAGUAAUUUAGUCUGUGAAAUGGAAGGCUUUGGGACUUUCUAAAGAAUUUAAUUUCUUUAAAUAAGCUGAAGAAGUGUGCAUGCACACGAAAGCUCAUACCAAGAACAAACUUAGUUGGUUCUCUAAGGUGCUACUGGACAAUUUAUUUAUUUUUUAUAUAUAUUUCUUCUGCAUCAGACCAACACGGCUACCUACCUGAAUCUUUAAUUUCUUUAACGUCUUAAUUUUUGUAGUGUCAUAUAAGAGUUUGAAUGCUGCUUGCUAUGGUAACUGCUAUUCUACCUUUGGUGAAAGCCCCUCCCAGUGGGGGUGGGGGUGUGAAGGAUGCUUGUGUUACUACUGAAUCCCUUCAGAGUGUGCAUAAGGAGGGAGCAUUUCAUGCACAGCAUGAGAGGUAACUAAACUCUCCACCCUGCGUUGUUCGCUCCCUCAAUGCUUUUUACCAGUGUUUUCAGGGUGGGGGUGAGUUCACUUCUGACAGGAGAGGCAAAAGCUGUUUCAGGGACAAAGUGCACUUGGAGGAGUCCCAAACCACCCCACGGUGUGGUUUAAAUCAUUCUGCCCCCAAAGCAUGACGGUGUGAUGUCCCUCUUAUGUCUACUUGUACUCAAUAUCAGUGUGUUAUAUGUACAUGGAGUACAAGGUCACAGGCCUUUAUAAGAAGUUGGUCAAUUAGACUUAAAUGGCUAAAUUUUAAUCCACUAAGCUUAUUAGAGCAACAACAUUUGGGCAGCGGUAGUUAAACUUGUCACAAGAGUCUGUGUAACCUGUGAAACAAGGUUAAUGAUGAUGGUUAAAAAUAUGUCUUAGUGUGAGCUAGUUGGGGGCCAUAAUUAAGCUGAAAAAUUGUGUGCAUGUGUAUGUACUAGAUUGCUCCAAUUAGGUGAUGGAAACAUAACCUUUUACCUAGGAAAAAUGAGUUUAAACAACUCUGGAUCCUCAGCUUCUCAUAGUGUGUUUCUAGGCCAAGAGACCCACUAAACACACAGAUUGGUCAUGUUCAUAUAUCACGCUAAGCUGUACUAUGGCUUAGUGUAUAUAUACACUGUUUUCUGUGAAGAAGGCAACAGCCAUUUUGCUCAUCUCUGGACUUUAUAGAUUGGACUGGCAAAUAAUUCAAGGGUAGGCAUACUGUGUCAUCUGAACCCAGGAUUGCCGUUAAAGUAUUUCCUCCUAAACCAUGAUUUGUAGCCAAGGUUGAGGAGGAGAGACUUUAACCGCAAUCCUGGCUUUGCAUAACACUGUAAGCUAAGUCUUGGUUGAGUUACCAUCCUGUGCUGAACUAAAAAUUAUGUUGGGAGCCAGCGUGUUUAUAUGGUCAUGAUAAGACACACUCUCACACUUACUAUGAUGUGCAGACCUGGCCAUUGCCUCUUCCCAUGUGGAUUUCUCAAAAGAGCUCAGCAACAGAGCACCCAGAAAGGAGUAAGGAUGAUUUGAAUCAACCAAACAAAUCUUUCUGUGUUUUGUCUCUCUCCAAGUUAUGAUUCGACAGUACUUGACAUGAUUCAACAGUGAAUUUCCUCUGGGUGAAGGCAGGGUGGUUUAGGCUUGAUACAAAGCUCCAAGGUCUGCUGAAAAAUAGUUUUGAGGCAAACAUUGCUCACUUGGGAUCUAUUCUGAAAGAGGUCGGCCAGCCUGAUGAUGCUAGCAGUUUGCUUCUGAUGCUGAUGAACAUGUCCAUAAUUUAAAACCUGGCAUGCUGAACUUGGCUGUAGAAAUGUCCAAUAUUUCCGCCAUACAACAAGUUUGGGUCCUUGAAACAGGAAGGACUGCAUUACUAACUGGAAUACUGGUAUGCUGCUGAUACCAAGUUACAUCUCUGAAUUUCAUCUGAAUCAGGAGAGACUAUUCGGGUCCUAAGCUGGUGUCUGGGGGCAGUGACGGGCUUCAUGAGGGCCAAUAAACGGGACAACAAAGUAGGAUCACAUAAUGCCAAUCCUGAAAGCAUGGUACUGGUUGCCUCUGAGCUAUUGGUUCCUGUUCAAGGUUCCUGUUCAAGGCCUUAGUAUUAAAAGCCCUGGACAACUUAGGGCCUUAGUACUUACAGAAGCAUCUUUUCCAAUACUUGUUGACUUGUGCCUUAAGAUCUGUGAUGGAGGCCUUAUUCAUAGCUCCACCAUUGGGCAUGGCCAAUUAAGUCGCCGCCGCAGGGAACAUUGGACCUCUCCCCCUGUAGAAUUGUGUUUGUCUCCUAUGGUGAUGUAAUUUCAUUGACAGUUUAAAAUGUACCUGUUUGCCUGGACCUUUGGCAAGGAUGAUUGGGGCUGAUGACCUAUUAUUCAUUGCUUUUUGUACUGCAUAUAUAAACUCUCUUACUGAUACCCACAUAAAAAUGCUUCUUAACAGUAUUUUAAUUAGAUUGUUUUUAUCUAAUUUUGUACCACUCUGGGCUCCUAUGGGAGGAGAUGCUGGGUAAAAAAAUAUAAUAAAAUACUUUCCUGUUUAAAAAUUUAUUAUAGCAACAAUAUUUAAUAUUGUCAUUGUGUUGUAUCCAUUGUUAGUCAUACUUUGAGUAGAUCUAUUGAAAUAAGUGGAUAACUUGGAACCACUAACUUUAGUGUGUCUACUUGUGAGUAGAAUUUAGUUUCCCCUCCAUCUGUUAAUAGCAUCAGGCAUAGCUGACAACAAAUCAAUCAGUUUUUUAAAGGCCAAGUGUUGCUGUUAGCAACCUAAGAUGACAAUAAUUUUUUCUGUGUACCUACUGCCCCUCUAGCAUAUGAAGAUACUUUAUUAAUUUCAAGGCAAGUAAUAUGGGUUUAAAGAAAAAAUGUGAUUGUAGAACCUGCAGUUUUAGUGCAGUUAGAAAUUCUGUGCAAAUGGAGGAACUGAAGAAAAGUAGAUUUCAAAGCCUUAACGCUGAAUUGUGAUUUUUCUCCUCUCAUUUGGAUGUGUGUGGAGGGGAGGGACCAAUCUCUUCACUGUAUAAAAUGCAGUUUAUGAAAAUGUAGUCAGAGUAUUUGAAACAACAAAAAGAUUAUUCAGUAAACACAGAGCUUUAUUUUAAUCCAAACCUCUGUCAGUAGGCUGGGAUCUGAGACCGUUCCAUCCUAGCAGGGAGGCUAUGUGCUCCUUCCUUGCUGACAUGUGCAGUAAGCAUCAUUGAUGGUAAAUAGACAAAAAACUGACAUAAAAAAGGGCAAUAGAAACCAGUAGGAGACCAUUGCAACCUCCCAGGAACACUGUUACCGACUUUAAGGUGGCUAUUCUUGAGCACAGAUACUUCAAAGGGAGACUCCAGUGUGAAACUCCUGAAAUACAACUGAUAAUGAAUUUCAGUUUAAUCACCUGUGAUCUGAAUAGGAAUAAAUAGUCUUUUAUCUCACUAAGGUGUUCAUUAGCUUACCAAUUUCAAGAUGUCAAUGGGCACAGUCAUGAUUUUACAUAACUACAUGUAAGCUGUAACCUAAAUGACAGACAGUCUUGAGUUUCCUUCUUAUCUCGCUACUAACAUUUAUUGUCCUUUACACCCAUUUGCUGCCAUUAAAAAUAAUAAUCUAGUUUUAUUCCUUUUUAAUUUUAGCUGGAUGGCUAAUUAAUUACAUCAUCAUGCUUUCUCAACCAUGAAAACAGAGAGAGAGCUGUCUGUGGCUCUGACAAACCACAGCAUUGUUUUCUGCAUUGAAACUAAUGCAUGGAACCUUAUUGCACAUUACAGAUUUCACCACAAAACCUCAUGGUGUAUUACCUUUUGAUGUAAUUUGUUAACCAGCCAUUUAAUCUAAGUGUAACCAGAACAAUGAAGCACCCUGGUGGAUCUGCAGCAGCACAACCGGGCACCUUCAACUGUCCCAGCUGCAACAAAACAUGUCUCUCCCAUAUUGGUCUCUACAGCCACAGCAGGCGCUGCGACCUUUUCAGCAGUUUGACUUCACCCCCAAAGGUGCACCCCUCUGUUGUCUACCGAGACAGACAGAUGCCAACCACCAGAACAAUGGGGUAUACUUGUUUGUAUCACUUGAAAUGCCUUUUUCUUUAGGGUUACUUGUAAGAGUAUCUCAUGUGGCAAAGGCCAAAGGUUCUUGCCAAACCCUUUUAGUUCAUGCUUUAAAAUCUUUCAUGUGGGAUUUUGCUGAAAGGUUGCAGUCAUUUCGCUCAUCUGAUUCUGCUUGUUCUAAUCAGUUGCACAAAUUAGCAGCUGCCAAAUAUUAUCACUGACCAUAUUGAAUUCUAGUGUUGUAAGAGGCUUCACAUCAAUGGGAAGUCCAAGUCACCCAUCAUUCUUACUUGCUUGUAGAAAUUUGCAUGCAUUAGCUAUGCAAACUGCAGUUGUUGGAGAUUAUAUUUUUCUGUCAAUGAGUAAAGUCAUAAAACUGUCUUCUGGAUCAUUUAAAUCAGUUGUUAUUAAGCAAGAAAGAAUUAGAUUAGUGUGAUUAUAAACAUUUGACAUUGUUAAAUAUUCUCUGCCCCAUCUCUGUUCUCCCAACACACAGUGUAUUAUUAGCAAUCUGAUAUAUUGUUGUUUACCUGUGCUUUGUCCUUAGGAGAAUCCUGUUCUGGAACCUGA